AGCCGAUCGAGGACUGGGAUGCGGCGGACGCGGGCGAGCCGGGCAGGGGCCGUCUGGGCACCGUCGGGGUAGCGCCCGGAGCGCCAUCGGGAGCCUUUUGGUGGACGCGGACUUGGAAGGACAACUUGGGACCCUUCUGGGAACCCCCUCCACCCCCCUUCUCCCCCUCUCCGCCCCGGCUGGAUUUGGCCGAGCAAGCCUGGAAAAUGGUAAAUGAUCAUUUGGAUCAAUUACAGGCUUUUAGCUGGCUUGUCUGUCAUAAUUCAUGAUUCGGGGCUGGGAAAAAGACCAACAGCCUACGUGCCAAAAAGGGGGCAGAGUUUGAUGGAGUUGGGUGGACUUUUCCCUGCCGUUUGCCUCCGCACCUAGAAGGAUACGCGCUUCUGCAGACGGUGCAGGGAGAUCAUGUUUGACUGUAUGGAUGUUUUGUCACUGAGUCCCGGGCAGAUCCUGGAUUUCUACACUGCAAGCCCGUCCUCCUGCAUGCUCCAGGAGAAAGCCUUCAAAGCAUGCUUCGGUGGACUGGCCCCGACCGAGUGGCAGCACCGGCACACUGCGCAAUCGAUUGAGACGCAGAGCACCAGCUCUGAGGAGCUCCUGCCCAGCCCGCCGUCUCCUCUUCCUCCCCCUCGAGUUUACAAGCCCUGCUUCGUCUGCCAGGACAAGUCGUCCGGGUAUCACUAUGGGGUCAGCGCCUGUGAGGGGUGUAAAGGAUUUUUCCGUAGAAGUAUUCAGAAGAACAUGAUUUACACUUGUCACCGAGAUAAGAACUGUGUUAUUAAUAAAGUCACCAGGAAUCGAUGCCAGUACUGUCGGCUCCAGAAAUGCUUUGAAGUGGGAAUGUCCAAAGAGUCUGUCAGGAAUGACAGGAACAAGAAGAAGAAGGAGCCUUCGAAGCAGGAAAGCCCGGAAAGCUACGAGAUGACAGCGGAGCUGGACGACCUCACAGAGACCAUCCGCAAAGCCCACCAGGAAACCUUCCCCUCGCUCUGCCAGCUGGGCAAAUACACCACGAACUCCAGUGCUGACCAUCGAGUCCGGCUGGACCUGGGCCUCUGGGACAAAUUCAGUGAACUGGCCACCAAGUGCAUUAUUAAAAUCGUGGAGUUUGCGAAGCGUCUCCCGGGCUUCACUGGCUUGACCAUCGCAGACCAAAUCACCUUGCUGAAGGCUGCCUGCCUGGACAUCCUGAUUCUCAGAAUCUGCACCAGGUACACCCCAGAACAGGACACCAUGACCUUCUCCGAUGGCCUUACCCUAAAUCGAACUCAGAUGCACAAUGCUGGAUUUGGUCCACUCACCGACCUCGUGUUCACCUUUGCCAACCAGCUCCUGCCUUUGGAAAUGGACGACACCGAGACGGGCCUUCUCAGUGCCAUCUGCUUGAUCUGCGGAGACCGUCAGGACCUUGAGGAACCAACGAAAGUAGAUAAGUUACAAGAACCACUGCUGGAAGCACUAAAAAUUUAUAUCAGAAAGAGACGGCCCAGCAAACCUCACAUGUUCCCAAAGAUCUUAAUGAAAAUCACAGAUCUACGCAGCAUCAGUGCUAAAGGUGCAGAACGUGUAAUUACCUUGAAAAUGGAGAUUCCUGGAUCAAUGCCGCCUCUCAUUCAGGAAAUGCUGGAGAAUUCGGAAGGACAUGAACCCUUGACCCCAAGUUCCAGUGGGAAUACCACAGAGCACAGCCCCAGCAUCUCGUCCAGCUCAGUGGACAACAGUGGGGUCGGCCAGUCCCCGCUGGUGCAAUGAGACACAGUCCAGCCGCUUCAGACAUUCCCCGGGACCUGCAGGUCCAGGACUUCAAAUGUAAGGAAAACCGUUUUACUGCUGCUUAGUCUGGGACUGAAAAUAUAUUCAACUCAAGAAGGACCAAGACGUUUUCAUAUGUAUCAACGUAUAUACUCCUCACUGUCUAAUUUACCUAGAAAGAUGAACUUUUUAAAAUUCGAAAGAUCAGCCAUUUCAUGCAACCAAAACUAGUUAAAAAGCUUCUAUUUUCCUCUUUGAACACUCAAGAUUGCAUGACACAGACCCCGUUCUAAGUGAUUUCCGCCCUGGUUGAGUUUCUGAAGACUCUGUACAUACAGAUGUAUGGCUCUGUUCUUUCUCUCCUCUACGUUUGGUGCUUUCCUUCUGUCUUGCAUAUUCAAAAUAACCGAGCCACCGAGGUCACGAGAGAGGCUACUGUACAUGUCCGGCUAAGAGAGCGUCACAAAGAUGCAGUCCUCUUUCACAGAAUCAUCACGACGCACAGGUGAGGAGGCGAUGGACCGCUGUGCAGUGUGACAGUGAGGCGAAAGGGAUUCUCUGUUAGGAUGGAAGCUUGUCUUUACUCUUUCUGAUGCUUCUCAAGCUGCAUCUUUUAUUUCAUGUUGCCCAGUAAAAGUAUACAAAUUCACUGCACUAGCAGAAGAGGCUUCUGUAAUCAGUGUAACUGCCAGUUCAGUUAACCAGAUGUCAUUUGUUCAACUGUUAAUGUCACUUUAAAUUAAAAGUGGUUUAUUACUUGUUUAAUGACGUGACUACACACAGAAAGAGGGGGGGAUGAAAAAAAAAUUACAUUUUUACCGUAAAGGUAGCCUCCAAGGCAGCGACACUGUUCAGUGUUAAUACGUUGUUGUUUACCUGUUCACAAGCCAUUAGGGAAUUUCGUGGGAUAAUCUGCGGGCUGGUCGGCCACCUGAACUGUGUAACGCUAGUGUCCUUCCUGCCUCAUUGUGAGGGGGAAGUCUGUUCCCAGCCUUCCUGAGGCCCAGGCGCCCACGGGCACGGCCGGGGCAGCGGAUCUGCCGCCUCUGUUCAGUCAUGAGGCAGCAGAGUGCAGACCGCGGUCGAGUGGUUAACAGAUACCAGUGUUGGUUUUAGUUCUCAUUUAAGCACUAGUGGAUUUUUUUUUAUAUAUUAGCAAGUCUGUGAUGUACUUCACUGGCUCUGUUUGUACAUGGAGAUUGUUUGACAAUGCUUUCUAUGUUCAUAUACUGUUUACCUUUUUUCCAUGGAGUUCUCCUGGCAAAGAAUAAAAUAUAUUUAUUUUA